CGUCCGCCUCCUCCGCUCAGGCGAGGGAAGCGGAAACGCCGCCCGCCCGCUCAGGCGCAUGCUCGGGCUGGAACGGGACGAGAGAGCUCAGUUGAAGCAGCUGAUGGUUAAAGGCCCGAUGGCAAUGAGGUGAUUCAGUUCCCUGAGCAAACCCAGUCUAGGACUUCUACCUGCAGGGUUAAGAAUGGCCGAGCCCUUCCCUCAACUCCUCAUUGCUGCCGCCCGCCAACACCUCAGAAUCGGGAAGAAGAAGGUCUUAUCCCGCUCAGCCUCCUUGAACCUCGCUGGUGAGAUACUGGCUGUAGCCGCCGGCUUGAAGCCAGCUUUCCUGUACGAUUACAAUUCUGCUGGGACUUCUCAGAUCCUAAGCUACGUUCAGCAGCUUCAGACCAUCAAUCCGCUUGGAUGCCAGCUACACAUUCUGAGCAUAGCUGAAAAUGUUCUGAUUGUCAACUUGGGGCUGAUGCUGCGGUGGUUGGAGACAAUCCUGCUUAAGGACAACAUCCCCUUUGUUGACGUUUCUGCUUCCAGGACAUGCCCCAGCCUUUGUGACCUGGAAGACGUGGGUCUCAUCAAAGGCCACCUGUCGGAGAUACUGAAUCAUAUUAAAGCCCAGGCAGCAGACACAUCUCAGAUGCUUUCCUCCAGUGCAGUCUUUUGCUCAAAGUGGAAUCUGUGCACUCUCUUUGGUGUCUUGCUGGGCUAUCCGGCUGCUUACAGUUUCCCUGUUCAGAAGAGCUUUGACAACUGCCUUUCUCUGACCCCACUGAGGGUGUUCACUGUCCAAGCCACAUUCUGUAGGAUAAGCAACGAUUUUAGAGUACGCUUUUACUCCUUCAGCAUCCCAGAGCUCUUGUACCCUGUCAUGAAAAUGGGUCUUGACGUGUGGUGCGAAAAUCUCAAGGAUGCUUUUAAAGCUCAGAAAGACUUUGCAGAUCUUUGUAUUACAAAUGAAGUCGUUGCUCUGGCAGCAGUGGCCUUGUAAAUGUGGGCUGCCAUCCAGAGGCAUGCAGCAAUUUUUCCUCACGCCAUGUUUGAGAAGUAUUUUGGGGAGUAUGACUCAGUGCUUAAGAAAAGGAAGUGGGAAAAUGGUGCCGCUCUUAUGCUAUUGGAGUCAGGGGUAGCCAACACGGUGCCCUCCAGAUAUUGAUGGAAUAAAGCUCCCAUCUUCCUUGACAGGAGGCUCUCACUUGCAAAUUUCUGUGGGUGUCUAUACCCAGACUCAGUGUAUAUAUAGAAGCAGCAUUUUGAAAGCCAUCCUGCAUUCAGUCUUCUCAAAAUGAAGCCUUGUUAACCCCA